GACGUUGUUUGAAAAAAACUAAUAUUUCACAUAAAAAUGGUUUGUUAAAGAGCGCAUUUUUUCGGUCUUAGGCUGGUUUUAGUUUUACGCCGACGGCACGCUCACCGUCAGCGCUCAUAGCUCAGCGCGUAGUUUGUCAGCGCUGAGGCUCAGCGUGGCUCGUUUUAGUAUCGUACUGACCGCCAUACUGUACAGACGACGACCAAAAUGCGGAGUGUGUUAAUUAUUGCUGCUUUGUACUAUCUAUCCCAAAAAAAUAAAAACCGGCGACGACGAAGACUCCAUGUUCAUCCAUUGAUUGAGCAGAGAGCCGUUGCAGGAGAAUUUGUCUUGUUAUAUGGCACUUUGAGGGCUGACGAAAGUAAAUUCUUUAAUUACUUUCGAAUGUCAACUAGAACUUUUGACGAAUUACUGGCAAAGAUACAGGAUAAACUGGUCCAUUGCAGCUUACGAAUCGUGCCUAUACCACCGAUUGAACGACUAAUGGUGACUUUAAGAUUUCUUGCUACGGGUCGAACAUAUACGGAUUUGCAGUAUUCAUUUAGGAUGGGAAUCGCAACAAUCAGUAAGAUCGUGGACGAAGUGUGUAAAGUAACAUGGAACACGCUACACAAUGAAUGCAUACCAUCAAAUACACCUGAUAUGUGGCUAAAUAUUGCUAACGGUUUUCUACAAAAGACCAACUUUCCAAAUUGUAUUGGAGCUAUUGAUGGCAAGCACAUCCGAAUCGUAAAUCCAACCGGUGGUGGAUCAAUAUUCUACAACUAUAAAAAUUUUUACUCCAUUGUUCUGCUGGCUAUGUGCGAUGCAGAUUAUUGUUUUACAUAUGUAAACAUUGGAGCAUAUGGGAAAAGCUCGGACUCGACUAUAUUUCAAAACAGUACACUCUACAGGAGCCUUGAACAAAACACUUUAAAUAUUCCUAGACCGAAGCCAUUGCCUGGAACAAAUACUCCAGUUGAACAUGUAAUUGUGGGUGAUGGUGCUUUUGGCAUAUCCAAUAAAAUUCUAAGCCAUAUGCACGAUCCAAUAUGACCCACAAGAAAAAAAGAUUUAAUUAUAGACUGAGCCGUAGUAGACGAUACAUAGAAUCUACAUUUGGUAUAAUGUCAAACAAGUUCAGAGUGUUUCAUACACCUAUUAAUGUGAGUUUUGAUGUUACAAAGAAUAUAGUUAAAGCAUGCUGCGUAUUGCAUAACUUUAUAAGACUUCGCGAUGGUUAUCGUAUAGAAGACACACUUACAAUUGAGGGUAUGGUAGACCUGCCAGCUGUACCUACAAACAGGUCUGGACACGCUCUGCGAGAACAUUUUGCUGAGUACUUUGUUAGCCCUAUUGGAAGCGUGCCUUGGCAAGAUUCGUGUAUAUUUUAACUUGAAAAGGCUUUAUCCUGUAGUAGUGUAGGUAUUUAGAUAAUAAAAUAAGAAAGUAAACAAACCAA